AUGCGAGUCCUAGAACUUUGCGUUUUGGCCAAUCUUGCUACCUCGGUGAGCAGUCUGACUGUUGGCCGGGACUACGUGGUCUGGGCUCGUGCUGACCCGGUUCCUUCUUCCCCUUCUGCCUCGCAAGUUCCUUCGCUUGACACGGAUGCUUGGAAGACCAUGCAAUGCUCCCAGGUCCAGGGCGAACCGGAUAGUCAAUGGGAGCAGGCAGGUGUAAAAGCUGCCUGGGAUACCACCGUUGGUGCCUGGAACCAGGGCCCGAGGGAUAGCUUAUCCCUGUUCUUUAGCAGCCGUCACCAUGGGCCUCAAGGUUUGAGAUGCAGCGACAUUGGGACUGAGAACCGUUGCUCCCAGCCUGUGGAGUGCGAGCAUGCUAGCACCCCAGCCGGGGCUCAAAUUUUGAAUGCGUUUGUCGGUAUCCAUCAACUUCACGCAUCGACUUUCCAGGCUAUCGGGAAUGUCCAGGACGAUGUGACGAACGAUAUUGGCACUUUCACUUCUACCUUUGCUCCUAAGCCUAAAGAUGAGUUGAUCAUGUUAAAGAACUUCUUGGAUAGUGCCAUGCUACUUAUUAGCUUUGGCUCAUCUUUGAUAUUCAACGUCGUCCUGCAAGAUAUGAAGAACGUGAUCCUUCGCGGUCUUACGGUCGAUAUGACAGCCGCUUCUAUGGGCUCUAUCGGUUCCUUUUAUAAGACUAACGUGAAAGGUGCGAUAGAGGGUCUGCAGGUCCAGAACACAAUCGAUUCUUUCCUAGGUUAUACUAUGAACGCCUGGAAGGGCAUCGAGUCAGAUUAUCUAAAGACCCUCUUCUCCGCGGAUAACACCGACACCGAUGCUCUUUAUAAGAUAAUCGACGGUGGUGUUAUAGGCGCAUCAAUGAAGGGCCUCGACCUUAGCAGCACUAUUAAAGAUGUGAAAAAGACCCUCUAUGGUGUAUUGAUCCCGUUCGCGUGGACUGUUUCUCAAACCGAAUCCCGUCCUUUCAUCUGGCGGACCGCCGAUCCCUGUGAUGAAAGCUCCACUGAAGGUAGAACCAUCCGCGAAGAAACCCUUUACUAUAUCAACGGCGGCACAGAGGCGGCUUCGACCGCGGUCUGCUAUGAAAAUAGGCUUCAUUUCCUGCUGAAUAGUCAUAGGUGGAACACACAAAUGCAUGCUUUCAACCCCCUUCAGGGUGGAGACAAAAUUACUCUGGACGGAGUCAAAUGGGGUGGAAUUACUAUUCAAGACAUUGUCGAAAGUAGCGUGCGUGGAUGGGCAAAUAACGGCAACAAGAACGGCUACGCGCGCCCGGAUAUCAAUAACAUCCUGGAUGGCUUCGGCAGUGAGCCUCUUAACAUUAGAGAGCCUGGAUUCUUCAAUUUCCCGGUGUGCGAAAAUGCCCGUUCCAUCUUUGAUGACUUGGCAUAUUAUGAACACUCAUCCUCGCCCUGUUCCAUGUCUGUGGAAUUCAGUGAUUCUGAGGGAUAUAACAAGGAUGGUACCAAUAUUAGAGUUUGGGAUAACAAUCUUGAGGGGGAUAAUAAGUUUUCGCAUGCAUUAUCUAUCGUGAUUGAUGGCGUAAAGGUUUCGGCGACCAUGUCGGAUGGAGUCCGUAACAUUGCGGAUCAGGGUACUGCUGAAUCCACCGCUACCAUCUACGCUAUAUUCGACAAAAACAACCAUCUUGAUGAAAAAGUGAUUCCUGCUUGCAAGAUCGUAGCAAAAUGGCCUCGCAGCUGGCCUGAACUGCGAUUCGUCGAUGACUGUCUCGUGGAGGUUCAACCCCAGAACAGACAAGACAUGUACAAGAAGUGUUGCGCGGAUCAGCCACCCAAUACUGAUCUUGUCACAAAUCCAUGGUUUGGUCGAGGCCGACAUCAUCUUCCACGCCGCCGCAAACCGCUCUGGGACAACUACCAGGUCAUGAAACGGGCCAACGUACUGCCUAUCAGCCUGGCUACACCCCGCAAAAUCCCCAUCCACUUCAUGUCCUCUGCUGUUCAUCUCUUGAACAAGACAAAUGAGGAAUAUUAUCCCGAGAGCCAAGCAACACAUCCCCCACCAGUGGACGGCAAAGACGGUUACCUAGCCUCGAAGUGGGCGACAGAGAAGAUCUUCGAAAAUGCAUCGAGUCACUUUGGGCUGCCUAUAUAUAUUCACCGUCCAGGGCCAGUACGAGAACAACAAGCGCAGCAGUGCUGUCUCCCGAAGGAGAGCAUAUUUACCGAGUUCAUGCGUGUUUCUCAGUAA